AUGGCUGUCAAGAAGCGCCAGAAAGCGCUGGCGAGUGGCAGGCCGCCCAUCAACAAACCUAAAGAACGCAUGACUGCACAGCGCUCCAGGACAAUCAUACGCACCCACCAUCGGCUACACAAGCAGCUCGCUGCCGCAGAGAAAAACAAAGACUCAAAACAAGCAGCGACGCUCAGAGAUGAAAUUGAGAAGAAUGGCGGUAUUACCAUGUAUCAAGCAGCAAGCAAGCAAGGGCAAGCCAGUGAUCGCGGUGGCGACUCAAGCAGACUACUCGUCCAGUGGUUGGUCGAACUCGGCGUCAUUGAUCGUAAAAGUCGAGGAAAGAGCUCAGUCCAAAAGCCUCUAAGAUGUCUUGAAGUAGGCGCCCUUUCGACAACAAAUGAAAUCUCGAAAUUCCCCAACGCCAUUGAAAUGACAAGAAUCGACUUGAACAGUCAGGGCCCUGGUAUCGAAAAGCAGAAUUUCAUGGAACGACCACUGCCUUCUUCUGACCAAGAACGAUUCGAUAUAUUUUCUCUAUCCCUGGUCCUCAACUACGUGCCAGAUGCACCUGGCCGUGGAGCGAUGCUGCAGCGAAUUCCCACUUUUCUAAGGACAACAGGUAGUAGUGGUCUACCGUUGCUAUUUUUUGUCUUACCUCUUCCGUGCAUCGACAACUCCAGGUACAUUGACGAACCACGGCUACUGGACAUCAUGAAAAGUCUCGGCUUCGGCCUUGUGAAGAAAAAGAUGACAGCAAAGCUGUGCUAUUAUUUGCUUCGCUGGAUUGGGCCGGUUGAUCGUAGAUCUUUUGAGAAGAGGCAAAUCCGGAACAAGCCAGGAAUGAACAACUUCUCUAUUGUGGUAGAUUCACCUCGUACCUACGAGGAAGCCUCGGCGCAAGAUGGUCCAGAUCUGGUAUUGGGAGCUUUGACGUAUCCCCAUCUGGAAAGUCAAACAGAAAGAUUCGACGACGAGCCUGCUAACGGCGAGACUUAA